AUGAAUGUCAUUUAUGACCAAUUGAGCUUGAUCCCUCUCCAGUCUACCUUAUCAAACAACAAACGAACGGAAAAGAUAGUGGUUCUGCUCAGUGUCUUUGAAGACCGGCCCAUUUACGACUGGUACGGGGUGACGCUCAGCACCCUGGUGUCGAUACCCGCGAUGAAGGCAGCCUUGAUCUAUGCAACUUCCGAGUGCAUCAGCCAGUGGAAAUCGAUCCUGUUCUCCCGCGACAAACGCCCGCUGAUCGACUUUGAGCGGAUGGAUUCAGCGAGUCGUGGUUCGCUUGGGGGGUUUAACGUUCUCUGGAAGACACGAAGGUCAAUAUCCGUCCAACUCGGCGCCUUUCUGACCUUGCUCGCCAUUGCCUUGGACCCAUUCUCGCAACAGCUGGUGCUACUGCGGCAGGGAACGGAAUUCGUUAAAGCGCGCGAACACAGCAGUACACCAAGGGCGACGUAG